AUGGAUGACUGCAAUUCAGAUAUAAUUGAACAAGCUCGUCAAUUGUUUAUGCAUUGUGAUACAGAUGAUUGUGGCUAUUUAACACGUCAAGCAUUAGAUCGUCUUAGUGAUCGUUUACCAUUAACGAUUUCACAAUUGGAUUUUGUAUUCAAUUUAUUAGAUAAAGAUAAAAAUGGGCAAUUGACUUUGGAUGAAUUCAUUCAAGGUUUCGGUCAUUUCCUAGUUGACAAAGCAGCAAACAAUUUAUUAUUGGAUGAAGAAAUCGACGAACAAUACAAUCAAAUUAUAUCAUCAUUAGAUCCAGAAAAUGUAUUAAAAAGCUAUGAACAAGUAAAACAUAUAUGGAAAUACAUGAAAUUGGCUAAUUCACAUUUAUUACCAGAAUUUGAAGAUAUGUUAAGAGCUAUAAUGAAAGAGGUUAAUGGUGCUAGAGUAGAAUAUGAAAAUAUGGAACGUAUGAUACAAAAUAAAAUAAUGAAACAAGAUGAAGAAUUGCACAAUUUAGUCGAAGAACUCGAGCUACAAGUUAAUCAAGAAAAAGAACAAUUAAAACAAAAGGAAGAACUCAAGGAAAGAGAACUGAAAGAAGAAUUAAAUAACAAAGUACAGGAAAAAGAAAAAUUGUUAAAUGACCUUGUACAACAAUUUGAAAAAGCUUCUAUCAAAGUAGAAGAACUUCAAAAGAAUCGAAUGAGCAUUGCGCAAGAAAAAGAGAAACUAUUACAAGAAAAAGAAGAUCUAGAACGUAAAUUAGAAGAAUCACAAGAAAUGUUAAAUGAAUGUAAAGAUUAUAUUGAUACACUACAGAAGAAAGCACGUGAAGAACGUCGACGUAGAGCAAAAGCAGCCAUAGAACUUAGUGAAGGCAUAGCAUUAGAACGUGAAACAUUAGUAAGACAACUCGAUAUGUUACGGACUAUUAAUCAGAAGUUAGUUGAUGAACAAGAGUUUAAAUCCCAAACGCUUUACGCAGUAAAAGAAACAUCACAAACAAUUGAUUUACGUGAUUUUCACAGUAAAUCACAAUCACUUGAUAUGACCAGUGCAAAAGCUUCAGAGACAACAAUAAAAGAUACUGCCGCUUUACCACAUUUACUAUGUAGUUCAACUGAUUUGGAUGCGACAAAUUUUGAGAUCGCAGAUGCAAGAAGAGGUUCUACACUGAGUAAUUAUUUCACACCAGUAAUACUAAAUGAUGACAGUAUACGUGAAGGAGAUCUUGGAAAUAUUGAUGAAGCUGAAGAAUACGAAGAAGUUUUCAACCAAUAUCCUGGCAGUAUAUAUACCCCUCGUAUUCGAAAAACUUCACAGAAAUCUCGAGCACAUAUUAAUGAUUCAGCUGAAGUACGUUAUAUGCCAAAUGGAAGAAGAGUUUCACCUGAUGGAGCCUCCUACAUGAGUUCAAAUGCUGACUCGACCACUAAUGGAUCAUUUGCUGAACGUGUCUACAAAGUUAUAUUUGUUGGUGAUUCAGGUGUUGGAAAAUCAAGUAUUAUAAGAAAAUUUGUAUCUGGUGUAUUUGAUUUAAAUCUUCCAUUAACUGUGGCAAUUGAUUUUCAUGUGAAAUUUAUGCAUUGCGAUGGGACUAAUUUGUAUCUACAAUUAUGGGAUACAGCUGGACAAGAGAAAUUCAGAAGUAUUACACGACAAUAUUAUCGUAAAUCAGAUGGUGUAAUUAUUGUGUUCGAUGCAACUAAUGAAUCAAGUUUUUUAGCCGUCCGUUCAUGGCUUCAAUCGGUUACCGAAGAAACAGACGAGAAUACCGUUAUCUUAAUUCUUGAAAAUAAGUCUGAUCUCAUUGAAGAAAAUGAUAAUAAACGUGCAGUAUCGCGAGCUACAAUUGAUAAAAUUGUUCGCGUAUAUAAAACAAUGUGCUUUGAAGUCAGUGCAAAAACUGGGCACAAUAUAGAAGAGGCGUUUAUGGUUAUGGCAAGGAAACUUAAAGAAAAAGAAGUUUAUGAACUUCAAACUCUUCAAAAUUUAAAGAAUGAUGCAAAUAUUAAAAAGAAUACAUGUUGUCGAUGA